AAGACACAUGAGAGGAGCAGAUUCCUUGUCAGCUCCACUGGUCUAUAAAGCUGGCUGUCCUGUUACAUCACCUACCAUCAGUUCACUUGACGGCAGCAUCUCUGUAUUGAUGUGUUGGUGUAUUGGACUCAGCUAAUGAGGAGGAAGUCAAAAAGAAGUUGAAAAUUUCCAGAUUAGCUACUGGUUCUCGAGUAUUUGCUGUCAUCAUCAUGUUGAAAAACUAUAAUCACCAAAUAAUAGGUUUUGCUUUGACCAUGGUAGCCUGGAUACUUUGCUGCAUCUCCAUGGGGCUCCCUCAGUGGCAAGUAUGGCACUAUGAAGAUCAAAUGACUUUCAAGCCUACAGUAGCUUUUGUGGGCAUAUGGAAAGCCUGUGUUUUCCACAAUGGCAACAAUUCCAGCAACAUCAGAAUAUGUCAUCAAUACAACUACCGUGACUCCUUUGUUCCACUGUAUAUUCGAAUAAACCAGCACCUGCUGCUGGUGUCUAGCUUGCUUGGGCUCUUUGGGAAAAUCACCACCAUUAUUGCUCUUUGGAGCAUGUGUAUGAGAAGAGUACCUCGGAAUGCCAUCUGCAAUCCAUUCAGCCUUUCAGGAAUUCUGAAUGUCAUCGCUAGCAGCUUUCUUUACCUUGCUAUUUUAUUAAAUUACGUAUCCACCAUUCGCAAGUGGGGGGUUGCCUUUCCACCAUCUUUCAAUAUGCCUUCCCACCCUGACACUCAGAAGAUGGGCAGUGCCAUAGCUCUGGCAAUUAUAGCUGCUGUUUUUUUUCUCCUCAGUGGCACAAUUUUCCUUUCUUUGAAUUUAGCCAUAAGCAAGACACCCCGUUCCAAAAUUUAAAAGUAAAUUGCUAUCUUACACCACCUUGAUACUCCAACAAAGAUAGCAUUCAUCAUGUGUUUACAUAAGUUUUCAAAGAACUCAAAAUGAUGCCAAAUGUGGCCUGUGGGGGAAAAAAUGGUCAAGUUGA